GAUAAGGAUGCCGUUGUCCGUAGUACGCAGUGUACCAGAGCAUUAUACCUGGUUCAUGCUGGAAGGCACCCCACCCAUUGAAGCUUGGUUAAACAACUCAUCUACACCUUUGGAGGGUGGGCCAGUGGUGAAAGGACUUAAAUUCACUCAGACGGGAAACUAUACAAUUCUGGCAAAAAGUGAAUCAGGAAAUAGCUCCAAAACGGUUGACGUUAAAGUUAUGGGUAAGUUUUUCGUCUCAAGUUAACAUGUUAAUAUAUCCAACCAUAUUUCAGUACCAACCUGUGAUACAUGUGUUAUUUUUUGCUCAUAUUGAGCGUUUCUCCCGAUCGAACGAGUCAACUUUGUUGCUUUUGAACGCACCGAUGGUGUAUUUAUUCAAUGUAGUGAAGGCGUUUUCAAUAUGGUAGUUUUCAUUUUACAGCGUAGGUUAAUGAACACAUUUGGUUUAGAAAUCUACCCUUGCAGUUGCCUCAUCCACUUUUCGCUUGUCAUCUCUUACCUGAGACUAGAUGCAUUGAUCUCGCAGAUUGCAGUCAUUUAUGUCAGAGCAAUGGUUUUAUGAAUGGUUCCGGUCAAGUAAACAACGAUCAUGACUGCAGUGGAGACAAUGCUACAUAUAUUUGGAAGUGUAUACCAACAACAACUACUAAUUUGUAA